AUAUAUUCCUCAACCGUCAUCCACGCCUCUUUCAUCCCGAGUGGCGAGUGCGACUAUGCCAACCAAAUCCCGCCGCGUGGCAGUCAUUGGCGCCGGAGCUGCGGGCCUCGUCGCUGCUCGUGAGCUUCACCGUGAGGGUCACGCCGUUGUCGUCUUUGAACGCGGGAACCAAGUCGGUGGAACCUGGGUGUACACUCCUCAGGUUGAACCCGACCCGCUCGGACUAGACCCGACUCGACCGAUUGUGUUUUCCAGCCUUUACAGCUCUCUCCGCACCAAUCUUCCCAGGGAGUGCAUGGGUUUUCGAGAUUACCCGUUUAUCGUCCGGCAGGAUGAGGAGAGAGACCCGAGGAGGUUCCCGGGACAUCGGGAGGUGUUGAUGUAUCUGAAGGAUUUCGCGACUGAGUUUGGAAUUGAGGAGAUGGUGAGGUUUGAAACGGAAGUAGUGAAGGUGGGGAUGGCGGGGAACGGCAAGUGGAAAGUGAGGUCCAAAAGGAGUUCCGAUGAAAUUAACGUUGGUUUCGACGACGAGAUUUAUGAUGCUGUUGUUGUUUGCAACGGGCAUUUUACGGAACCUCAUAUUGCUAGUAUUCCAGGCAUCAAUUUAUGGCCAGGAAAGCAAUUGCACAGCCACAAUUAUCGUGUCCCAGAUCCCUUCCGUGAUCAAGUUGUAAUUUUGAUUGGGAGUUCAGCAAGUGCGGUUGAUAUAAGCAGGGACAUUGCUGGGGUUGCCAAGGAAGUACAUGUUGCAUCUAGAUCAGUUGCUGAUGAAACAUAUAUGAAGCAGCCUGGAUAUGAUAACAUGUGGUGUCAUUCUAUGAUAGAAUGCGUGUGUGAAGAUGGUACAUUGAUUUUCCGAAAUGGGAAAGGCAUCCUUGCCGAUGUUAUUAUGCACUGCACAGGGUACGAGUACCAUUUUCCCUUCCUUGAAACAAAUGGCACCGUGAGUGUGGAUGACAACCGUGUGGAUCCACUGUACAAGCAUACCUUCCCCCCCACAUUAGCUCCCUGGCUUUCAUUUAUUGGGAUACCACGGAAGAUUAUUCCAUUCCCUGUCUUUGAGCUUCAAAGCAAGUGGGUUGCUGGCGUUUUAUCUGGUCGAAUUAUGCUUCCAUCACAAGAAGAGAUGAUGGAAGAUGUCAAAGCUUUUUACUCGACAAUUGGAGCUUCUGGCAUACCUAAGCAAUACACUCAUUUUAUGGAUGAAGCUCAGUUUGAGUACUGCAAUUGGCUUGCUGCGCAAUGCGAAUGCUCAGGCUAUGAGAAAUGGAGAGAGCAAAUAUUCCGUGCUGGUCGUAAGAACAGGCGUGUCCGACCGGAGACAUUCCGUGAUGAAUGGGAUGAUCACGAUCUGGUUUUGCGAAGACACGAGGAAUUUACAAAAUACACCUCAACUACUGUUAAUGACAAAUGUAGAAGUGAAUCCUUUACGGUACAAAGGUAAACUUACCAGCUCCAUUAUUCCCUAUAGUUCUCUCAUCAAUACAUGUUAAAGCUUCUUAUUAACCAUCCUUGUCAAUAAUAUGGAAAAAUACGAGUGUUGAGUUGUUUGGAUUGCAGAAAUCUUUGAGUGACUAUAGUAUAUGGGAAAAAAAAAAAAGAAAAAAAAAAAGUAGUAAUUCUGA